ACACAGUGCCUGUGGGGCAGCAGUGUCCUCACCCUGCUGCUUUCCUCUCCCACAGAUGCCGUGCUGGGGCCACCUACGCUCUGUUCCGAAGCUGCUGUCCCGCAGAAAGCGCGUCCCAGCCGGCUCAGAGGGCUCCAGCCUGCGCCGCUGCCUCUGCUCCCUGGAUCUGGUUGCCUUGGGAGUGGGCAGCACGCUGGGGGCUGGUGUCUACGUCCUGGCAGGGGAGGUGGCCAAGACCAGCUCUGGCCCAAGCAUCGUCCUUUCUUUCCUGAUUGCAGCUGUGGUGUCUGCCCUGGCAGGGCUGUGCUACGCCGAGCUGGGGGCCCGAGUGCCCCUGGCUGGCUCUGCUUAUCUCUACAGCUACGUGACGCUGGGCGAGCUCUGGGCCUUCCUCGCUGGCUGGAACCUGCUGCUCUCCUAUGUCAUCGGUACUGCCAGCGUUGCCCGGGCCUGGAGCGCUACCUUUGACCAGCUCCUCGGCAAGAGGAUGGGGAGGUUUUUGGGUGCUCAUGCAGCCAUGAGCUCUGUGUGGCUUGCAGAGCACCCAGAUGUCUUUGCUGCUGGCCUGGUGGUCCUGCUGGCAGGGCUUCUUUCCUUUGGAGUGAAGGAGUCCACCAUGGUCAACAAAGCCUUCACAGCUCUCAACGUGCUCAUCCUGCUCUUUGUCACAGUGAGUGGCUUCAUCAAAGGCGACACGAGCAACUGGAAGCUCAGGGAGGAUGACCUGCCACAGGCAGCUGCCCACGAGGCUGGGAACCAGUCCAUGGCUGACAACAUGACCAGUGCCUUUGGGGUGGGAGGCUUCAUGCCCUAUGGUUUCACUGGGACCUUGGCAGGAGCCUCUACCUGUUUCUAUGCUUUUGUUGGAUUUGACUGCAUUGCUACCACAGGGGAAGAAGUGAGGGACCCACAGAGAUCCAUCCCCAUGGGCAUCAUUCUCUCCCUCCUCAUCUGCUUCCUGGCCUACUUUGGGGUGUCUGCUGCCCUCACCCUGAUGAUGCCCUACUACCUCCUGGACACCCUGAGCCCUCUGCCAGUGGCUUUUGAGUACAUUGGCUGGAGCAGUGCAAAGUACGCCGUGGCUGUGGGGUCACUGUGUGCCCUGACCACCAGCCUCCUGGGCUCCAUGCUCCCCAUGCCACGGAUCCUGUAUGCAAUGGCUCGAGAUGGGCUCCUCUUCAAACCUCUGGCCAAAGUCAGUCGCCGUCAGUGCCCAGUGGUGGCAACUCUGGUGUCUGGGGGAGUGGCAGCUCUCCUGGCCCUUCUCUUCGACCUGAAAGCCCUGGUUGACACCAUGUCCAUUGGCACACUGCUGGCCUACUCGAUGGUGGCUGGCUGUGUGCUGCUGCUCAGGUAUCAGCCUGAGCCCAGCCCUUGGGACGCUCCUGCAGGGAAGGUCCCAGCUGUGCAGCUCUGGUGGGACCACCUGGCCCAGCCACCCCCCCAUCCCACCCCUCGCUCCUCUGCUGUGGUGCUCUGGGCUCUGACAGCUGUGGCUGCCCUGGCCUGUGCCCUGAGCUGGGUGAGCACUGCUGGGCUGCCCUGCCUGCGGGCUGGGGCUGCCUGGUGCAUCACAGCUCUGGCCCUGCCUCUCCUGGGGAUCCUGGCAGCAGCUCUUCUCAUCUGGAAGCAGCCUCAGAGCCAGGACAAAGCAUCCUUCAUGGUUCCCUGCCUGCCCUUCCUGCCUCUCAUCAGCAUCUCCACCAACACCGUGCUGCUGGCCCAGCUCAGCACGGCUGCCUGGCUGCAGUACCUGCUCUGGAUGGCUGUGGGGAUCCUCGUUUACUUUGGCUAUGGGAUCUGGCACAGCUCUGAGAGCCACUGGCCCAAAGGGACAGGUCCCCAGGAGCUGCCGGGAAGCAGAGGCAGGGAGGUGGCCCUGGAGCCUCGUGGGACUGCCCUGUGCCCAUCUGCUCCAGAGCAAUAAAAGGGGAUGGCUAGUUCCUGAGUGCCUGCUCCCUCCAUCCUGUGCCCAGGGGGCAAGAAAGCCCCUUGGGCUGUGGGUCCUGUCCCACAGAGGGGGCCAGCCCUGUCAGAGCUGCAGAAGGAGCUGCUUCCUCGAGUCUGGUGAAUCUCCCUGAGCAACCCAAAUCCUGAAAGCCCUGCAGGAGGGGUUCUGUUUGGAGAGGAUAAAGCACACAAAUGUUUUUGCUGCUGU